AUGCAGCCGCCAACUGAAGCUGAUGGAUCCGAGCCAUGGCGAGGAGCGAUCCGAAUGGAAGCUCGGGCGGCACUCCAGGAAGUGUUGACUGACAUCGGAGUGCCGGUGACAGGCUCCAUCACACAUCCACCCUCACCAAGUCGCCAGCCGGACGCGCGGCGGACGCCAUCGGCCCCAUCACAGCACGUACGCAUGUCUUUGCCCGUCAACCUCCACCGUGCCGAUUCGAUUUCGCCUUGGGGGCGAGCUGCCACCGCUCACCAGUUCACUCGAGGUAUCUCGGAAGGAGGUGCCGAAGUCAUGCUCAAUGACGCAGCCAUCGCUGAGGCCUUGCAUGAGUGGCACCGCCACCCCCGAAAGCUGAGAUCCAGAAGCACCUCCCCAACGAACAAAAAAUUUCGCAAGUUUGGACAAAGCAGCGGGGGUCGCUUUAAGGAAUUCAAAGCUCCAAGCAUGCCGCGAGAAGAUCAGCUUAUUCGAACAUCCCGGCGCUACAUGCAAAUGGCGAACCCACUAUUAAUCAAGGAGCUGACUGCACCUGCGGCGUCCAGGCUUGCAGCCGUGGUGGAAUCACCAGAAUUCAGCGGCUUUAUCGGUGCCAUGAUUUUGGCCAACGCAAUCUCCAUCGGCAUGCAGACCCAGCAUGAGGCAGAAACAUGGAGCCUCUCAAUACCGCCUGCUUUUGCCAUAAGUGAAAUGUUCUUCGCGUUCGUAUUUGCUGUGGAGCUGUCGCUCCGCUUUGCAGUGGCGGGCUGCGAAUUCCUCACUGGGCCUGAGCGCAAUUGGAAUCUUUUCGAUACAACGCUGAUCUUGGCACAGGUCAUGGAGCAAGCGAUCUUUACAGUUGUCAUCUACCAGCAUGGUACCUUGAAAGGUCUCAAGUAUUCUGACUUGAUGCCGGACAGUGUCGUUCUUCGCGCUUUGCGCAUCUUCCGACUGCUUCGCAUCCUGCGAGUGCUGCGAAUGAUGCAUAUCAGCAGCGAGUUGCAGGCCAUCAUGACUGCGAUUGUCAAGGGGCUGCGCUCGUUCAUCUGGACCUUGGCUUUCAUGUUCUUGGUGCUCUAUGCAGUGGGUGUCUUCCUCACUCAGUGCGUCACUGAUUACAAAGUGGCUCGAAAGGCCGAUGGUUCUGCAUCCGAGAAGCUGCAGGACUAUUUCGGUUCGCUCCCCGAAACGAUGCUGGCCUUGUUCCAGGCCAUUACAGAUGGCCAGGAAUGGCGAGAGAUGCUGGAGCCCCUAAUCUGGGAAAUCUCGCCUUGGAUGGCGGUCCCAUUCUGCAUGUACAUUGCUUUCAUGGCCUUCGCCCUUCUGAACAUACUCACGGGCAUUUUCGUUGACAGCGCGCUGGACAACGCACAAGAGGAGAAGCGUCGCUACCUCCUACAAGAAGUAGGCCUACUCUUCAGAGAGGCGGAGAAGGAGCAGAUCACCUGGCCGGACUUCCAGGCCCAGUUGCGCAAUCCGCACAUGCAGCAGCUUUUUGCGGCCCUUGACGUGGAUGAAGAGGAUGCUGCGGAGCUGUUCCACAUGCUUGAUGCUUCCCACGAUGGCUUCAUCCAAUCCGACGACUUCCUCAACGGCUGCUUGCGCCUUGACGGUCCGGCCAAGGCCAUCGACUUGGCCGCCUUCAUCGAAGAAAGCCGCAAAGUCAAUCGCACGUUCCUGGAGCACGCCAGGUUCGUGAGCCAGACUCUCGGCUGGCUGGUGCAUGCUACGGAAGCCAACGCCCAGCACCACUCAGCCCUCCAGACGCCGAAGGAAUGA